GUUGACGAAUGCUCGGGUCUCCGAGGCGUGGAUCAUACGUGUCCUCAGGAGACCCUUUGCAUAAAUACUCCAGGUGCAUACGAAUGUGUCUGCAAGUCUGACCCAAAAGAAGCCACUGAAUAUACAAGGUUAAAACGCUCUACAGAAAGCUCAAGAGUAGGAGAGUUCUUGCAAAGAAUAUACCACAAUCUGUUUGAUUCUACUCAUACACGGCGACGGAAUGGGUUAGCUGGCGAGGCUGAGGCUGAGGCUGAAACUGCUGGUAAAAAUGGAUUGGAAGAUCAACCACCAGAUCGAAUCUGCUCUAAAGAUACUGAGAUUGGUAAUUUACCGUCAUUCUACGUCAGUUUUCUCUCCGCAUGCACCUCUGCUCUUCGCCUUACAGAUUGUCUUCUUUCGCAGCCGACGUCAAGCCAUGAAGGCCAUCAUGCAACUAUGAAGCGCAUUAAAGCCUAUGAAUUUGCUACCAAAGUUAUGCCAGGAUCCUUCGCGCGAGACCAGUUUGCUUCGAUUUUGCCCAUUUGUCAAAAUGGUCACCUAUUUUGUCCCGAUUCCGGCAUAUCACAACUACGCAUAGACGGACAAUUUGCGUCUUGGAAACAGCGACCCUUGUCCUGGUUGGCGGAAUUGCAGACCUCUGCUGAAAGAGUUUCACAGCCGAUGGCAUUUGCUGUCUUCUCCUCGUCCAAGGGUCUAGACAGUAAAUUCACUAGAAAGUUGGGAACAGUUGAACAGGAUAUUGGCGUGUGCAGCAACUGUAGCCAACUGCUAGCCUUCCUAGAGACAGAGGCAAAAGACAUACUGCCCUCGAAGCUUGACGAAAGUACAGGUUGGGCCAAGCAUCAGGCGUCAGCCUGCUGCUCCUCUAGAGGGAAAGGCGGUGAUAUCGACUGUCCUCCACACGAAAUCAGAGGCAACACAAUCACUAUGGCGAGGACAGGGGGCGACUUCGAAAGUAAAUUGGGGUUGGAUUCCAGAAUGAUCUGCGGUGGCGUUGAGGCAGAGAUAAGCUAUCAAUGGCGGGUUCUGGAUGAGGUUGAGGACGAGACCAACCGAGCCAAUUUUAUACAAAACACACAGCUCAGAACGGUCUCAAUUGGGGGCGAAAGUGAACAUAUGAUAUCUUCAUUAGCAGGUCAAGAUGACCAAGUGAAAUCUCCAAGUCGACAAGAGAGCAUUAAACAAUCUGACUCUUCUGCGCCAGACGUAGAACCUGAGCCGGUGGAGGAAUAUUCAGCUUGGAAGCGACUGCGUCGACGAAGUGUCAAGACUCUUGGCUGUGAGAUCUGUUUGUGUCAGGUUAGUUUCUGUGACGGGCAUGAUUUCUCAAAGACCUGCUUAUAA